UGCGCACCUUUGUGCCAACGUCAAGGCACAUGGUGCGUGCUGGAGGCAGAGCGCUAUAGGAGGGAAGACGGACGAGCCACGCAUCCGCAUCACUGAAGAGGGUGGCACGGUGGUGUCGCCUGCAGGAAUCCACUUGUAAAGUCCUCACAAGAGGCGACCAUGCGCUGAGGGGAAACUGUCUGGGGAUCGUCUAUCGACCGAAAAUUAUUUGACGGCACUGAAACAUCCGAAAAAAAACCCGCUCUGGACAAGUUGUGCUUUCGGACGAAAUCUGGCUGGAGAUGAAUACCAACGAUGCCAAGGAGUAUCUCGCACGGCGGGAGAUAACUCAACUAUUUGAGAGCCUGCUGACAGGUUUGAUGUACUACAGGCCUGACGACCCCAUCGACUACUUGGAGGGUUGUCUGAAGAAAGUCAGGGAGCUCGGAGGACCAGACAAGGUGCGGUGGGAUACGUUUGUGGGGCAAGAGAAGAAGUCCCUUCCCCCUCUCAAUGGGGGCCAAUCACGCAGGUCCCUCUUCAGAAAUGUGUUGCCCGAAAAAAAAAUUCCCUACAGACGAUAUGACCGCCUCCCUCCCAUCAGCCAGUUCUCCAUUGAGAGUGACUCAGACCUGUCGGAAACGGCGGAGCUGAUAGAGGAGUACGAGGUGUUUGAUCCAUCAAGACCACGACCCAAAGUCAUCCUCGUCAUCGGUGGCCCUGGCAGUGGCAAAGGAACACAGAGCCUGAAGAUUGCCGAGCGCUACGGCUUCCAGUACGUGUCUGUGGGCGAGCUGCUGAGGAAGAAGAUGAUCCACAACGCCACCAGUAACAGAAAGUGGAGCCUGAUUGCCAAAAUCAUCACCAACGGAGAACUGGCACCACAGGAGACCACAAUAACUGAGAUCAAGCAGAAGAUUAUGAAGAUACCAGAUGCUAAUGGUCUUGUCAUAGAUGGGUUCCCUCGUGAUGUCGGACAGGCCUUGUCCUUUGAGGACCAGAUCUGCACACCUGACUUGGUGGUCUUCCUGGCCUGCACCAACCACCAUUUGAAGGACAGGCUGCAGAAACGCGCCGAGCAGCAGGGAAGACCUGAUGACAACCCCAAGGCCAUUGACCGGCGCCUGACCAACUUCAAACAAAACACCAUUCCUCUGGUGAAAUACUUCCAGGAGAGGGGGCUUAUUGUUACGCUGGAUGCAGACCGAGAUGAAGAGGAGGUCUUCUGUGACAUCAGCAUGACUCUGGACAACAAGCUGUUCCCCUCCAAAGAGCCUGCAGCCGGCCUCAGUGAGCUGGACCUCAGCCUGCUGGGUGAAACCAGCAAUCUGGCAGAUGUCGCUUGCAAGUAUGAUGAGGUUGAAGAGGAGGAAGAAGCUGCGUAUAAUGAAGGAGCCACAGAAGGUUAUGGUACAGAACAGAGGAAACCAAAGGUCAUCUUCAUGAUGGGUGGUGCAGGCUCAGGGAAGGCUUUCCAGUGUGAGCGGAUGGAGGAGAGGUUCGGCCUGCAUCGUGUCACCCCGUGUGACCUGCUGUGCAAUGAGCUGCAGUCCCAUGGGAACAGAGGACGCCACCUGCGGGACAUCCUGGAGAGAGGAGAGCAGCUGCCUGAGGACACACUGCUGGAACUUCUGUGUGAUGCGGUGGCGUCACUGGCACGGCAGGGCAAAGGUCUCGUGAUCAGUGGCUUCCCCAGAGACCUAAGACAGGCGCAGAUGUACGAGGAAAAGCUGGGUGAACCCAGCGCGGUUCUUGUGCUGAACUGCUUGGCCGACACCAUGUCCAGUCGUCUGCAGUGCCAUGGCAGAUCCAGCUCCAGUACAGACAGAUUCAGUCCCACGCACAGUAGGGCUGAGAGCAUCUGCAACGACGACCAGGCAGUGGUAGCUCACUAUGAACACAAGAGGCUUCUGCACAUGAUCGAUGCCGAGAAGUCACCAGAUGAAGUGUUCGCCCAGGUCUGCCAGGCGAUGGAGUCCUGCUCCACCUACUGAUUUGUACAGUUUCCUCAGGGCCGCUCCCACCCUACAUCCUGCGAUCCAGGAGGUCCGCUCUCUCUGCCGUAUCACUCCAGGAAGACGCACCCACGUAACCUCACACCUGCACCAGACACAUGCUCAUUGAACUCCAGUGGUAUGCAUGUCCCGACUGAUGUUUCGAAACACUCCCAGCAAUUUGUGAAACCUCUCUCUCGACUCUGACAAGGCAUCUAGCUGUCACACUCUGCUUUACCUACUUGCGUUGUCUCUUUCUCUCAUACUUUGACCUCAAUAUAUGCCAAACGAGGCAGGUAUCUGUACUGAGAAAACAGCAUCCCCUGCUGUGACUGAGAGCAUGUUUCUAAAGCUCUGCCACCCCCUGAGCUGAGCGGAGCUGAGAGAGGGGUCCCGCAUGUUAGUAAGUGGAAAAUGUCAGUGUGUUCAUGCUUUCAUGCACAGCACCGUGCUUUAUAUUGUAACAAGCAUGCAAGAAAUACAAUCAAGCUUAACUGCCUUUUGUGCAUUAAAUAAAAAGCUGAAAAUAAUUACAAUUAUUAAAAAAUACUGCAUUUGUAUGUUUUCGAGCUCAUCGUACAAGUGCUUGUUUGAGUCUGGUAUUUAACAUUCAAUAAAGCCAGUGCAUUUUGGAGGA